ACACUAACCACAUACCCGCCCCCAGAAUUUUGGGGGACGAAAGUCAAUCCAACAUUUCCCCUCAUUUUCCCUCGCAACAAUCCGCGCCCCACACCUUCAUUUUCUCGGAAAAUCUACUUAUAUUCUCGCCCACAGGUUUGUAGGUAUUGGAAUUGAUGGACAUUGGUGAUAUUUUUGGAGAGUCACGGCCCGUAAAUAUUCCAACCAAGAGUGCAAUUUAUGUGUGGGGAUAUAACCAGCGUGGGCAAACUGGUAGGAAUGGGAAAGAGCGUCAAUUGAGGAUCCCGAAGCAGCUCCCUCCUGAGCUUUUUGGAUGCCCCGCUGGGGCUAAUUCGCGGUGGUUGGGUAUUGCUUGUGGUCGAGAGCAUACUGCGGCCGUGGCCUCGGAUGGAUCACUAUUUACUUGGGGGGCGAAUGAUUUUGGUCAAUUGGGGGAUGGGACUGAAGACGGUAGGAAACACCCAAAGAAAGUAAAGCAGCUGCAGACUGAAUUUGUGAAAUCCGUAUCUUGUGGAGCACAUUGUACUGCUGCAAUUGCAGAACCUCGUGAAAAGAAUGGAAUCGUCUCAACAAGUAGACUCUGGGUCUGGGGGCAGAAUCAAGUAGUAUUUGGAUCAAACUAUCCACAUUUAUUUUGGGGGGCUUUUACUCCAAAUACGAUUAUUCGCCAAGUUUCCUGUGGAGCAGUUCAUACAGUGGCUUUAUCUGAGGAAGGCCUGGUCCAAGCUUGGGGUUACAAUGAGUAUGGUCAGCUUGGUAGGGGUAUUACUUGUGAAGGACUACAGGGGGCUCGUGUUAUAAAUGCUUAUUCAAAGUUCCUUAAUGAAGCCCCUGAACUUGUGAAGAUUACCCAAGUGUCUUGUGGGGAGUACCACACAGCGGCUAUAUCUGAAAAUGGCGAGGUCUAUACCUGGGGAUUGGGAAAUAUGGGACAACUUGGGCAUUGUUCUCUGCAAUACGGGGAUAAGGAGCUGGUACCAAGGCGAGUAGUCGCUCUUGAUGGGAUAUCUAUAAAGGAUAUUGCAUGCGGUGGUGUACAUACCUGUGCUCUGACUUCCAAGGGAGCUCUUUAUGCUUGGGGUGGUGGUCAAGCAGGGCAAUUAGGCCUAGGCCCCCAAAGUGGACUCUUUUCAUGCAACCUAAAUGAAUCUGACAUGUUGCUCCGGAACAUCCCUGUCUUGGUUGUUCCAACUGGUGUGCAACUUAUUGCUUGUGGCCAUUCUCAUACACUUAUUUCCAUGAAAGAUGGAAGAAUUUGUGGGUGGGGAUACAAUAGCUAUGGUCAGGCAGCAAAUGAUAUGUCUACAUAUGCUUGGUAUCCAUCACCAAUUGAUUGGUGUGUUGGGGAAGUAAGGCAACUUGCAGCUGGUGGUGGUCAUUCGGCUGUAUUGACUGAUGCUUGUUCCUUGAAAGAGUUGUGUGAAUUUAGGCUUGCAGACUGUGUGACUCCAUCUAAUGCUUCUGAGAUUGAGGAUGUUGCAUCCAGAACAGGAUCAGACGCUCUUGCACGUCUUUGCGAAAGACUGAGGGAGCAUUUGCCUCAUGAUGAUGAUGAUGACUACAACUAUGAUGAUGUAGAGAUUGGCAAUGGGAAGAAAUGAGAAAAUAAUUGGAAUUGUGCUAAGAUUGCUAUAAUUGUUGUAUAUUCCUAGUUGUUUAGCUUGAUAAUCUGUCUAGUCAGGGAACUAUUAUAUCAUAGUUAGAUGAUGGGAAACAUCCUCGAUUUAUGACUGUUCAUUGGACUCCUAUAAAUCUGGAGGUGAUGAAAUCCAACAUUUGUAAAACAAUUCUUCAGUCUAGCAUUUUUAGAACCUGGGAAAUGCUAUGAUUUGUAUUAUUUGGUUAUGUCGUUACAGAAUCAAUGGAAGAUUUUCGGACUUAGGGGUUGCACUUUAA